UUCAUUCAUAUUUGACACUUCAUGCCAGAAUCUCCUGCCGUGUUUGGACUCCAGAACAUAGCUGACCAUGCCGGGAAUUCUGCUGGGAGACGUCUUUCCGAAUUUCGAGGCGGACACAACCGCCGGGCGGAUCAAGUUUCACGAAUUCCUGGGAAACUCAUGGGGGAUCCUGUUCUCCCACCCGAGGGACUUCACUCCCGUCUGCACCACCGAGCUGGCCUGCGCGGCCAAGAUCGAACAGGAGUUCAAGAAACGAGGCGUCAAGAUGAUCGCCUUGUCCAUUGACAGUGUGGAGGACCACAAAAAUUGGAGCAAGGAUGUGAUGGCGUUCAACGACAAUGCAGGGAGCCCGCUGCCUUUCCCCAUCAUUGCUGAUGACAACAGAGAGCUGUCGGUCCAGCUGGGCAUGCUGGACCCCGAUGAGAAGGACAAGGACGGCUUACCCCUCACCGCUCGCUGCGUCUUUGUGAUUGGUCCAGACAAGAAGUUGAAGCUGUCCAUCCUGUACCCCGCCACCACGGGGAGGAACUUUGAUGAGAUCCUCCGAGCCAUCGACUCCCUGCAGCUGACCGCUCAGAAGAAAGUCGCCACGCCCGUUGACUGGAAGCCUGGCGAGAAGGUCAUGGUCAUUCCCUCACUCUCUGACGCUGAAGCUGCUUCCCUCUUCCCUAACGGCGUGACGACCAAAGAUCUUCCGUCUGGAAAGAAAUACCUGCGUUACACUCAGCCCUGAACACCUGCGGCUCUGCUGAGGCUUCAAAUGUCCGACAGGCUGAGAAAAAUUCAACCAGUCUCACUCUGUGAUUUGAAGUUUCAUUUUGGUAUUUAGCACACCGUCGCUGUGAAGUGCCUUGUUUACCUAAAAUAAAAACACUUUUCACAGACGCAUUUUACUCUACGUUUAAUGUUUUUACCUCUUACGAGCUACUAAAACAUGAACACACCAA